UCUUCCAGCUCGAGGACGAGCUGUUUGUGCAGGCGGGGAGAAAUGUUAUGAGCGGCAUAUAUUACAGCCCCGGCAGUUAGGGGCCUGGCCUAGUUAUCUCAUCGUGUUAGAGGCUUAGCCCAAUGAUUAGGAGGAUUAUAUAAACUCAUGUAAGAACCUGUUUUGAGAAUAAGCAAGAAGCAAUCAUAAUUGCUCGGCUUCCUUAGGGAGCUGGGAGACCUAACCCUAGCCUCCUCCCCUGCGCCAUCUCCUUCCUGCCACAGCUGCCGCCGCCUCCACCGCGCAGGGACGGAGCCCAGCCGCCGGCCGCUGCGCCCUCGCCCUUGUCCUCCUCCAUCCUUCCCCUACAAUCUCCGCCCUAGAACCGGCAGAACCCUAGCUCCUAACAUGAAUAGACUCAGAGGUAUAGCUCAAGAGGUCUAUAUGUGAUCACAGAGGGAGGCAACAACAGUUUUUGGAUAAAUUACGGAAGCCAGGACUUGAACUCAAGACCUUAAGCCCUGAUACCAUGUUAAGCUUCAUGCACUAGGGAACUGAUGGAAAGGACUAGGCAAUCUACAUAUACACUUCAACAUCGCACACCGCCCUUGGGCUGGCUGCCCGCCUCCUCCACACUGCUCUGCUCGCUGGCUUGCGCACUUUGUUGAUGGGCCAUGUUGGCCCUUUGCGUCGGCCUGUCCGCUAGUGCAGCGACAAUAGCAGUUUAGAAAAGCAUGGGCCAACCCCUCCAUGCUGCGCUGCUUGCGCACUCUGUUAAUGGGCCACGUUGGGUCUCUGCGUCAGCUUGCCAGUGUGGCGGCAAUCUGGCUUAGAAAAAUAAAUGCCUGUCUCUAGGAUUUGAACCCAGGACGCAACCUCAAGCGGUAUGCACAAAACUACUUGUCUCACGUACCUUUGUGUCAAAGAAGGGAACAUAUUCUUGAUAUCUGUUUCCUGUUCCAAUAUUUUCGUCCGUCACGAUAAGUACCGGAAAAAUUCAAAGAUCUGGUUUUCCUUAUCAGCCAGUGUCCGAUUGUGACUCAUGCAUGAUUGAUUUCAAUAGCCCAACAAUACGUCGUCAUGACUUCCGUGCAAAACACAAACACUCACAGCCGCGCCUAACCCUCCUCCUAUAAAUACAACUGCAGCCGAGCCGCCUCCUUCGCUCCACCGCACUGGAGCUCAACGGCAUGUCUAAUUUCUUCUUUCAGGUCCAGAAUGAAAUGAGUGACUAAGAGCAACUCUAGCAGACCCCGCAUCCCGCCCCGGCCCGCAAAAUAACCGCCAAAUUGCGGGUCGGGCCCAGAAAAUCCGCACGAUCAGACCCCGCAUCCCGCCCCGGCCCGCAAUUUUUUUUGCGGGGCGCGGCAAAUCUUCUCCCCCAACCUCUAUCUUCAUGGGUUGGGAGGCCGACCCGAGCUGAACCCCUAUCCGGCGCGAGAUUUGGCGGGAGGGACAUUUCCGCGCGCCCUUUCCCGCUCCCCGCACCCUCCGCCACCAUUGCCCCCCCCUCCGCAAGCUCCGGUUCCUCCUCCCGGCCGUUCCUCGCCGCCAUGGACGACCCCGUGCUGUCCCCGUCACCGUCGAGGUCGCGCAUGCUCCUUCCCCUCGGGCGGAUCUCGUCGCCGGCCAUGUUGCCCCCCCCCCCCCCGCCGUCGCCCAAGCACACGCCGCGCCGGCCCGCAAGCGGCAGGGCAACGUGGUCGUGCAGGGCGGGAAUCCGGCUGCCCCUGCCGCGACGGCCCGCGCUCUGGGCGCCAACGCCGCAGUGCGAUCCCGGCCGCGGCGGAGAAUGCCGGCAAGACCGCGGGCGUAAAGCGGAGGAAGGUUCCGGCUAAAAGGAAGCCACCUUCAACCUCUCACUCCAUCCCCCCGCAAGGAGGUGCUCCGGCGAUGCCGUUCAACGGUGCCGCUCCCCCCGCGAGCGAGGUGUUCGACGAAAUGGCUGCAAGCGGUGGUUCGAACAAUGCAACAACCGAGUUCGUGAACUUGUUGGACACGAACGCGGUUGACAUUGAUCAAGCCCCUUUCGAACCAUUCGACUACAAUGAAACGGACGGCGGCGUGGAUGAUCAUGGUUGUGCGGACGAAUUGGAGGAGAUCGAAGCGGACGCGUUUGAGGAAUCGCAAUCAAAGAGUGGGAAGAGCCAAAGAUCGAAGAACUACACGAUCUUGGAAGAUCAAGCUUUGAUCCUGGAAGAUCAAGCUUUGAUCCAAGCAUGGAGUGCGGUGUCUCUUGAUCCAUGCACGGGUGUUUCUCAAACCGCCAAGAGAUAUUGGCAAAGGAUCGAAGAUCAGUACUUCCGCAUUAUGAAAAAGUAUCCCAAUAGGACUCCACGCACAUUUCGGUCGCUUCAAGGGCGUUGGGAGAAUAUCAAGCCUAUGUGCAGCCGUUGGGCAGCUUGCUUGGAGCAAGUACGCAAUGCACCUCCAAGUGGCACCGUGGAGUCCGAUUAUGACAAGAUUGCUCAACAUAGAUACAAGGCCAUGGAAGCUUCGGAAGGCAGAUUCUUCAAAUUAGAGCAUUGUUGGGAGUUGCUCCAAAAGUGCGAUAAGUGGAAGUUGAUCGACAGAGAAUCCCCACGAAAGAGAGGCUCACUUGCAAACAUGGAUGAAGAUGAAGAUGAUGAUGGCCCAAGAAAUUUGCACAAGCCCGAUGGCGACAAGAAGACUAGAGAGAAGAUCAAGAGAGAGCAAGAAGCAUCGAGCUUGAGGGAGAAGAUUGAUGCCAUGGUGCAAUCAAACGAGUUGAUGUUGUUGAAGUCGUUGGAGAUCUAGAAAGAGUUGGCCAAGAAGAAGGCAAAAGAGAAGCAAGAAAAAUGGCAAAUGCUCAAGGAAGAGGGGCUCCGCAAAGCUGCCAUUGAGGAGAGAAAAGCACACGCCUCUGAAAACAAAUCGAUGUCAUUGUUGCUUGCCGAAGAGAACAAGAUCAUGUCAAUGAACCGCAAUGACAUGGACGACCUCACCAAAACAUGGCAUGAUAUGGCAAGGAGAGAGAUCUUGAAGAGGAGAAUGGUAGCCUCGGCCGGUCCGUGUUCCAGUUCUGGUGAUGUUUUCUCUGCUCCAUAUGGUGGCAAUGUGGAUGAUUUCGGUGCGGGAGUUGGAACAAGCGACGAAGGUGGAUUCGGUGGCGCCGAUGAACUUCAAUAUGGACUCCAUGGCGCGGAGUGAAGAUCGACCUCCAAGAUGAUGCCGGACAUGGGCGCAAACCUUUUGCAUGCCCUCUUUUGCGAUUGUCGAUUAUUGCAUCCGAAAACGAUUACAAUGGAAUACCUGCUUUGCCCGUCGAGUUUACAGGGAAGGGGAAUACUAUGAAGAAAUGAUGCGCUAUCUCCGGCGCAAUCUUGCAUUAUACCCAUACCAUCUUGCAGACUAUAUAUGCCGAGUAUUGAGGAUCUCACCAUUCAGAUAUUACUGUGACAUCCUGUUCGAAACUAUGAAGAACGAACAACCAUAUGAUAGUAUUCCAAACUUCACUGCUGCUGAUGCCCGAAGGCUGACUGGUAUUGGAAGAAAUGAAUUUAUUGAUACUAUGAACAAAUGCAGAUCAAAGAAACUAAUGUGGAAGCUGAACAAAUCAAUCGCAAAAGAUUUACUGCCUACACAGCCUGUUGACUUCCCAAUCGAGCCUUGGUGGGGAGUUUGUCUGGUUAACUUUACAUUGGAAGAGUUCAAGAAACUUUCAGAAGAAGAAACAGCAACCAUAGACAAAAUCUGCAAAGAGGAAGCCAAUUCAUAUGUUCUUUUUGAUAUGAAGAUUAUAGAUGACCUCUAUAAAAGAGGGUUAGUGUACUUUGAUGUGCCUGUUUACACUGAUGACCGCUUCAAAGUUUCUAGGCUUGAAGGCUUUGUUUCUAACAAGGAUCAAUCCUAUGAAGACCCAAUCGAAGAGCUACUUUAUGCUGUAUUUGUUGUGUCAAGUGCUAAUGCUACUGUUGCUGAAUUGGCUGCAACUUUACAAGCUGACCUUUAUCAGCUGCAGGCAGCGGCAUCAUUUGCUUGCCGACUGGGCUGGGCUGUAAAACUUGUGGAUGGUGACUCUGUAUUUAAAGACGAAGUUGAACCUCCAUCUCUCAGUAACAUUCUUAGUGAUGAUGAUGAAGGUUCAAAUGCAAGUAUCAACUCAGAAAAGUCCAAUCAACAGUUGCUUAGCAUCGAUACUAAUGGACCCAGGAGAAUAUCUGGGACAGCUCAUGUAGGUUUUGUUGUUGAUGCCAAUGUUACUUCAUACUUGAUGAUGGGUUCAUUGUCCCCAGGUCUAAAAUCUCAUGCUGUCACGCUGUAUGAAGCUGGAAAAUUAGGUGAUUCUUGCAUUGCGGAACUAUGCAGUGAUCUGGCUAGUUUAGAAGGAAAGAAAUUUGAGGGUGUGCUAGAGGAGUUUGCUAAUCAUGCAUUCAGUCUGCGGUGGUCCCUCGAGUGUUUAAAGUCCGGUGGAGUUUCUACCGAUGAUAGUACUGAUAAAGAUGGUGAAACAAAGACUCCAACAAAUUUAUUGCAUGAAAAUGUUACAGCCCAUCUGGCCAAUGCAAACAUGGAGGACAGAGAUGAGGAUGGCCUUGGUGAAGUGCCCCAGGAUAACUGCUCUACUGAUGUUUUAGAUAAUAAAGAUGCGAAUAUAUCAUCAGUGUCAAUGGGUUUACCAGAACGUGGGGAAAACAUGGUUAGAAUUGAGGCUCAGAAUGACUCAACUGGCACCAAUGCGUUGAUGAUAAAAAGGAAGUACACUGUUGAUGUCCUCCGAUGUGAGAGCCUUGCUUCACUUGCUCCAGCAACACUAGAACGGCUAUUUCUCCGUGACUAUGACAUUAUUGUGUCAAUGGUACCUCUUCCUUCUUCAUCAGUUCUUCCUGGUCCUUCAGGCACGAUUCAUUUUGGUCCACCCUCUUAUUGUGCGAUGACACCUUGGAUGAAGCUAGUAUUGUAUACUGCAGGCCAUUCUGGACCACUAUCUGCUGUUUUCUUGAAAGGACAACGCUUCAGAUUGCUUCCUGAACCAUUAGCUGGUUGUGAAAAAGCAUUGAUAUGGUCUUGGGAUGGCUCUAUGGUUGGUGGACUAGGAGGGAAGUUUGAAGGGAAUUUGGUCAAGGGCAAUCUACUCUUACAUUGCUUGAACUCGAUGUUGAAGCAAUCUGCUGUGUUAGUGCAACCGCUUAGAAUAGAUGAUCUUAACGCAUCAGGAAACCUUGUCACAGCGGAUAUCCCUUUACCCCUGAAGAAUGAUGAUCAUUCAAUUGCAUCUGUGGUAGCUCAAGCGAAUUUGCCAAAGGAACAGGUCUUUAAUUUGACCUCAGUACUGAAAGACCUAUCCAGUAAAUUCCAGUUGACCACGCUUGGCUACCUUCGUCUAUUAAGACUUAACAAUCUUGUUGAAUCAGAUAAGUUUCACCCAGAAAAUGCAAGUUACCAGUGGGUGCCCUUGAGUUUGGAGUUUGGAAUUCCCUUGUUCAAUCCAAACUUAUGUGAGAAGAUUUGUGAAAGGGUGGUUGCGUCUCGUAUACUUCAGAAAGAUGAUCUCACUGAACAUUAUGAUGUGAUGCAAAAUGUAAGGAGGCGUCUCAGAGAACUUUGUAGUGAAUAUCAAGCAACUGGACCAGUAGCUAAGUUAUAUAACAAGAGGGGAAGCUCGAGGGAUCUACCUCGCACUUUAAUCAAUAGUAUUAGUAGCAGAUGGGAUCCAACAAAUGAUCCUUCAGCACCAACCAACACAAGAACCCCAAGUGAACACGAGAGGCUAAAACUUGCUGUCCGACAGAGAUGCGGCACAGAAGUUGUGGGCUUUGAUGGGAGGACUGUCAGGUCAUAUUCACUCUCUCCGGAGCAGGACGAGGUUACCACCAAACACAUCUCUGACGAACAGUCAUCCACCCAUGAAGGAAAGCCAGAUCAAGAAGAUGCACACAGCAAGGAUGUAACCUUGCCAGGACUAAACCUUAUCUUUGACGGAGUUGAAUUACACCCCUUCGAUAUUGGUGCUUGUCUUCAAGCACGCCAACCUCUCUGGUUGAUAGCUGAGGCAUCAACAGUUUCAUCAACCCUCAUAUGAUGCGUCCAUGUGGUCAUCUCGCUUUUGCUCCAAUAUCUCCGUCUAUGCUGGUAAAUCAGAACUGAAACUGUUGCAACUAAUGCUUCUCGAAAGGCUUAUUUCAUUAAUCUUGAGACUCGAGGACUCUUGAGGGAAUAUUUUGUUGUACAAAGGGUUCGGUGCCGUUUGAUGUGCCAUGUGAGCAUGUGGUGAACUGCUGUAUUUCACAUGAAUGACCAGACCAGACAUUGCUCGGAGAUUGCA